GUCUUUUCAGUUCUGUAAUUCCGUUCCAUACCAAAGACAGACAAAAAGGGUGAAAGCUGAAAGGCAAAGGCCGUUGCUUCUUCAUUCCUAUCAAUUUUGAAAGAUGAACGGCGGCCCGUCUGGUUUCAAUAAUGCUCCAGUCGCAAGAAGUUUUAUUGUUGCAUCUGCGUUCUUCACCGUAUUUUUUGGGAUCCAAGGCCGUUCGUUUAACCUCGGACUGUCCUAUCAGGAUAUUUUCGGAAAACUUAGCAUAUGGAAGCUAAUCACAUCAGUUUUUGCCUUUUCAUCUACACCCGAGCUGAUGUUUGGACUUUAUCUACUAUACUACUUUAGGGUCUUUGAGCGACAAAUUGGUUCCAACAAGUACUCUGUUUUUAUUUUGUUCUCAGUAGUGGCUUCAUUUCUCUUUGAGGUUGUGGCUCUAGCUAUCCUUAAAGAUCCCACAGCUAACCUGCUUACUUCUGGACCUUAUGGCCUCAUAUUUGCCUCAUUUGUACCUUUUUAUUUUGACAUCCCGGUUUCAACAUGGUUUCGAAUUUUUGGUGUUCGCUUCUCCAAUAAAUCUUUCAUCUAUCUAGCUGGUCUUCAGCUUCUUCUAUCAUCUUGGAAAAGAUCUCUCUUACCUGGGAUAUGUGGCAUCCUUGCUGGUUCCUUAUAUCGUCUAAAUGUCUUUUGCAUCCAAAGGGCUAAGUUCCCCAUGUUUAUUACAUCCUUCUUUUUGCGGCUUUCUUUGCCCUCUAUGGGGAAUUCACCUACAGCACCAACUAGGAAUCUUGCAGGAAAUGUACCUUCCUACACAACUCGCCAAGUGGAGAGAACCUAUCGACCCUCAGUUGCACCUUCAGCUGUAGAGCCAUUGGAGGUCUCUGUUGCUACCCUAGUGUCGAUGGGCUUUGAUCAGAACUCAGCCAGGCAGGCACUUGUGCACGCUAGAAAUGACAUCAAUGCUGCCACCAACAUCUUCUUGAAGCGCAGGCCCACUAAUUGAGACAGAAUUGCCAGCGAAAAGUGGAUGCGCAGAUGUUAUUCCAUCGGUCUAAAUACUUUGAUCAUUCAGAUAUACACAUUUUGAUUUCAACCAAACUGCUUGCCUCCUGGAGUUCAGUGGCAUUCCGAGAUUUCACUAGGGAGCACUAUUGUCUUCCAUUUUGUUUCCCACUCUUAUUCCUGUUGUAGCUUGUAGUUUAAGUUAUCAUACACCAAUGCAACAAAUUUUUUGAAAUUGUUUACCCUCAUGCAUGCGUGGAUUAUUACACGUGGGGCUUAUGGUCCCAAAUUACUGACAAGUUUGUAUAUUUGCAUGAUUUGAAUAGACAAUUUAGGCACCCUUUAGUUACAGCC